AUGGCUCGAAUGUUCCCCACGUCUGAUCCGUCCCUGCCACCCUAUAGGUCUCUCAUAGUACAAGGAAAUUAUCACCCUUCAGCUCCAAUUCAUAUGUGUCUGUCGGUUCCAACGGGUGCCAAGGCUUUACUUCUUUCUUCUGCUCGACAGGCUCUCAUACGUAGCCUUCGGGGGUACAGCGACGAAUGGCUUCUUACCAAUUCUGGAAUAGGGAACACUUGUCAAAGUAGUUCCGAAGUUGACAUCUUCUACCCACCAACCCCAAAUCACCUGGUCGUGUUAUUAUCCGCGUUUAGAACAUACAAGGCCUCCGAUCCUGUACCCCUCGAUGCCAAAGCAACUCUAGGUUCCGUUCCGUCGUUGCUUGUUUUGCACGAACUAUCUGCGUACUUUUUACCCAUAAAUGAAAACAAACCAACUCCUAUGCGCUUCGUUCUAUUUGAUUCACAACUUGACAAACUGAAGCUUCCCGUCCUACGAACCCCAACUGUCCCCGUGUUCGGCGGAGAAGAGAAUGACGAUGAAACACUUAGACCCGAAUCUGUCGCUUUUGUGGCGCACAGGUAUUUUGAAUGGGUGGGCACGUUUGACCGCGGAAUACGCCGCUGUGCUCUCACGCUGCACAAGCAAGGCAGUGACAUCAAAUCGGAUAUCGUGUGGCGGUGGUCAGAAGUUCCAGAACAGACGCAUAGCCGUUGUGAGAGACUUGCAAUCACAUUUGCCUGGUGA